GAACUUAGUUGAAAACUAAAUUUGACAAUACAAUGCGUGCCUAUUUGCUGCUUGCCCUGUUUGGAUGUGUGCUUUUGGCCACAGUUUCCGCAAAUCCGGUGGACAUUGACGACUUGGAGGACCUCGAGGAGGACAAACGAAUUGCUGAUGAGCAGGAUAAUGCUAACGAUGAUGAGAAAGACGAUGAGGAUUCAAAUGAACCCGAGUCCGACGACGACUUAGAUGAGCCUGAAUCCCCGGAGGACGAUUCCCAGAACAAUGAUGAUUCCGAAAGCGACGAGAGCAUCCAGUACAAUCAAGAUGAAGAGUAGCUCUAAUGGGAAUUAACCCUUUCUAUUCUUUAUUGUCUUUAUCUACACGCUUUCACCGGUCGUUAGACGUUUAAACAACUGUUUACACAGAAAUACACAGUUCAUCUUCAACAACCAAAUAAGUAAAGGUUUUUAUGUUAUUCUAGUAAAUACACACAUUUCUGGAAACACCCAUCAUAAUUGGUGCUUUUUACUUAACUUCUUUUUAUACAGCUCUUAAAUGAUUUUGUAAAGAAUUACAUACUAAACAAAAUCUU